AACCUAGGGAACAGAAGCGGGGCGCAGGCAGAAACUGGGAAGAUCCGGGACUGGCAGAGAGGGCGGGACCUGGGGCCAGGCGCUGAGAAGCUCAGGGAACCCAACCAGAGCGUAAACCGUAGCUGGAAGGGCAGGGACUCGCAGAGAGGGAAUCGGAAAGGCGCCCAGCACAGCAGCAGAGAAAAAACAAAACAAAACAAAACAGUACAAGAGAGGGGCGGAGCAUGGCAGAGGGGGGCGUGGCCGAGAGGUCCGGCAGAGAGGGGGUGUGGCCGGCUCUUCCGCGCCUAAGCCCCGCCUCUCCCCCCCCUCUCCGCCUGUCCCUCUUCUGGAAAGAGGCAAGCUGCUAUCGGAGGGGGAGCCAGGCAACAGGGCAGGCAAGCUCCUCUCGGGAUCUGGCCGACGUGGAGAGGGAGGACCCAGAUCCCCAUUACUCUCGAUCGCUGUGCCCAACCGUCCCUUCUCGCCAUGUCCCACAGCAGGCAUCGCACAGAGGCCCCGCCGCUGGAGCGCGAGGACAGCGGGACCUUCAGUUUGGGCAAGAUGAUAACAGCCAAGCCUGGGAAAACACCGAUUCAGGUGAAGGGACCAGUAAGAAGCUGGCAAAGCACAGAGCUGCAGAGGCCGCCAUCAACAUUUUGAAAGCCAACGCAAGUAUCUGUUUUGCAGUUCCUGACCCCUUAAUGCCUGAUCCAUCCAAACAGCCAAAGAACCAGCUGAAUCCAAUCGGCUCGUUACAGGAACUGGCUAUUCACCACGGCUGGCGACUUCCUGAAUAUACCCUUUCCCAGGAAGGAGGCCCUGCUCAUAAGAGAGAAUACACCACUAUUUGCCGGCUAGAGUCAUUCAUGGAAACAGGAAAGGGAGCAUCCAAAAAACAAGCCAAGAGAAAUGCUGCUGAGAAAUUUCUUGCCAAAUUUAGUAAUAUUUCUCCAGAGAACCACAUUUCUCUAACAAAUAUGGUCGGACAUUCCCUAGGAUGUACUUGGCAUUCAUUGAGGAAUUCCCCUGGUGAAAAGAUCAACUUACUAAAAAGAAGCCUCCUCAGUCUCCCGAACACAGACUACAUCCAACUUCUGAGUGAGAUUGCCAAGGAGCAAGGCUUUACCAUAACGUAUCUGGACAUAGAGGAACUGAGUGCCAACGGACAGUAUCAGUGUCUCGCAGAACUGUCCACCAGUCCUAUCACCGUGUGUCAUGGCUCAGGCAUCUCCUGCAGCAAUGCACAGAGCGACGCCGCGCACAAUGCUCUGCAGUAUUUAAAGAUAAUAGCAGAAAGGAAGUAGGAGCGGGCAGCUGAGCUCUGCGGCUGAGCUCUGCAGCCGCGCCUCCGUCCCCCUCGCACCUCUUCCCAGGGGCACAUUUACUGCGAUACACGUUGAGCGUCCUGUCCUGUCCACGUCUCUUCGGGGUCUGUCGGCCUUCCAGAUCCAAUUGUCUCCUGGUAGUUGCUGUUCAGCUCUUUUUAAUGGCUUCAACUUUGUACUGGUAUGUUGUAUUUAUAAACUUUGUACACAAGGCUGAAUGCAGCACCCCUUUUACAAGCUCAGGCUCGCUGGAUGAACCUGCGUGUUUGACCGACCAUGAGGUGGUAAAGUCCUGCGAGCAACAGUCUCGCUGCUGCUGCAACUCCCUUUGGGGGCGAGGCUUUGUGACGUGAAUCCUGCUUUAGACUAGAGUGUUGAGGCUUGUGUUGAAUGUCACUGCUGAAUUUCAGGGAACAUGGCUGAAUAAAGAGCUGUUCUUACAA